CUUGUUGCUUAUUGCUUCGGCCGGCCCUUUGCAUCGCAUCGCAUCGCAUUCGAACCCCCGUUCUGUCCUGUCCUCAACUUCUUUGGACAAGAGUGCUAGUCCCAUCUUGGAAUAUCCGCAUUCGACUCUGUGGUGUAUUCCCGCACAUCCGUACAAAUCCCACGUUCUUGGGUUCGUCGUCCGAGUUCGACGCUUACCUAGUACAUAGUUCUUCCUUGGGCACCACCACUACCAUCACAACCAUCGCCUCGUCCGCCUCGGCGAACCGCACCCCUCACGAACGGGAUCAAUUGAGGUUAAUUCUCUCAAGAGUGUGGUGGGUGUGAGAGUGAGUGUGUGUGUGAGUGGGCAUACGAUACUCUAUCUCAGGUUUUCAUCUCAGACCUGCAGCGUCGGUCUGCCUUAUCUCGGCGGUGAUCUCACACCCACAAGAAACAAAACAACAAACGCCAACACCGACAACAACAUCUGCGCGUUAGGAUUUCACUUCUCCCUCGUCUCGUUGUUGUUUAUUGUUCUCCCGCGACUCUGCACCUUGGCGAAACGGCAUCGUCCCUGCGACUCUUGAUCUCCCUCCGGCCUCAGCCCUCCUUCAGCCCUCAGCUCCCACUAUCGACGAAACGUGCCUCGUCUAGCAUCAUCCCUCUCUCUUCAUCUCACGCUUCAGCACGCUACCCGGACCCGAACUGCGGUGAUCCCACGGAUAUCAAUACUUUUAGCGAUACCAAGACAAGAAAAAAAAGGGCACAGACGAUCGUUGGCCGCCCUGUCGUAUCGUUCCCUUGGGUUUUCCCAAAUUCCCCUAGCUUUUUCUAAGUACGGAACUGGCACGACUGGGAUUGCCGACUCUUCCAUCAUCAUCUGUGCUCCACAGAGGGUCUGGCUUUAAGCGCGACGACGGACGGCGGACGGCGGACACGAGCAAAAUAGAAACCCGAGACCCUCUUGUUCGUUUAUCAGCCUCUCUCACCGGGCCAUUGUCAUUGUUCCCCGUCGUUUCCAUCCAGGUCGCAGAUCGGGUGCGAGGACCCGAAGUGUGGUGAACAAGGUCCUUGUGUCUUGUUGUUCGUGUUUACCGCAUAGCAGCUCAACAAGCUCGACAAACGAUUUGUCUUUGUACAGAGUCGGUGUCUAGUGACAGAGUCAUUCUGUAUCUAGCCAAAAAGUCAAAGCGAGAGACAGGAAAAUAGAGGCGUUGUUCAAGACGCGAAGAAGGGGGGGAAACAUCACCAUCAUUCAUCGUCACCGUGUGGUGCUGGAUCCCUCUUCAGGCGUGGCUUGGCUCGCUCUCACUUUCUGCACCCACGACUUGCUGGAGAGGAGGGAAAAAAAAGGUACAUCUACCUCGCAGGCUCCCGAGCAAUCUUAGCACUUGUCGCUCUCGGCUUUCCCGACCCAGGGAACCUCCCACUCUGCCACCUUCUCUCCACCACUCAUCCACCCACUCAUUCUCAUUCUCACUCUCACUCUCACACAGGCCUCACUCCUGUUUUCACACACCCCUCUCACCUCACUCUUGCUCUCUCAUUCAAUCACUCUCAGUCUCAACUCUCACACCCCCCUCCCUGGUCAUUCACUCCCACUCCCACUCUCUCUCACUCACGAUCCCAGCCAAAGGGGACCCCUCCCAAAAGGCCACAAGGUGACAGAGCGCUAAAAGGCACCUCCCAUCCGGCUGCCGCUGGCCCUGAGAGCUGAGCUGAAGCGCCCAAGAACUCCCCCCAGGUCUUCCCCCCCAAGUACCCAAAUCUCAACAUUUCGCCCCGUCGACCCGCGCGAAACUUAAGGUGCCUUACUCGCCCGCACGCUGCCCGGGAACCCGACCUAUAAUCUCCCUUCUCUGCCCAACUUCCCGCUCUCGGAUUAUUUCUCUCCAAAUCCCACGACAGCCUCUUUCUACCUCAUAACCUCACCCUCCUCCUCUUCCUUCUGGUUCCUGCUCCUGUUCCUACUCCUGCUUCUACACCCCAUCCUCUGCAGGUGUACAAGACUCCAUCCCAUCGUGACGAUCUUGAAGGACCAGCAACACCACACAAACCCCCACGAAAGACAACACCUAUCCGAAGGAGGACGACGACAACAUCAACAGCAGGACAGAGCCUGCCUCGCAACCUCACAUCAACCGUAGUCAUGCUCGACCCGUCAGCGAGCCGGCGAUAUCAGCCGAUGGACUCUUCCACAGUCUACUCCCACUCCCGCACACGCACGACGUCCUCAAAUACAUUCCCCAUUCAGAGCCCGACGCCGAUGCACCUACAACAGCAGAAUGCCAUGAACCCUCAGCAACAUACCCGCCGCUCACCAUCAGUAAACACCUUCAGCACCUCCUCGAGCAUUCCUCCACCCGCCGCCUACCGCACCUCGCCCACCACCGACCUUCGUCGCUCUACCUCCUCUCGCUCCGGCGGCGGCAGCCCCCAGCCGACGGGCUAUGUCGCCCUUCUCCGCAAGCAAAAGGCCACCGUCUGGUGCGACCGCGCCCAAUAUGAGGAUCCUCGCCUCUUGGCCCAGCAGCGCGCCGCCAAGAUGCGAGCCACCCUCGAGGUCAUCGGCGGCCAGCGAACCGCCUCUGGCCUCUCCGCUCCCUCCGGCGGCAGAACGAGUACCGGCAUCAGUGCUACUGGCAAGGUUGCCGCCAAGAUCCGUCACCACGGGAAGCCCGCAGUAGUGGGCUACGCUCCGGGAGAGCACCACGUUGGCGUCGGCGGCGUUCCCAUGCGGCUGAGUGCCACCGAGGUUGAGGGCGAGGACAGCGACGACGACGACGCGCGCUUGCAUCACAGACGGACCGGUAGCAGCGGCCGCAGUAGCACUGCGAGCCGUCGUGGCCCGGGUUACCGAUCAUCCGGCGGCGGACGUAGAUGGAGCCCGGGAGAUACACCCGAGAGGAGUGGUAGCAUGGUCGAGGACGUACCGGAGGACGCCACGCUGGGCGACAACGCGAGUGGCAGGGCCAUGACGACGGGCUCAGGGAGCAGUGCUGAGCGGGCGGACAACGUCGGCGAGCUGGGCAACACGGCGGCGGCAAGAUUGGCGAGCAACUCGCUCAUGCAUUCGACCGUCACCCGCGAGAAGAGCGUCAAGGGUGCCGAUGACCUACGCAGGAGGGGCAGCGUCGACGAGCGCACCACCACGCUCACCGGAGGCCGUCUUUACAUCGCUAACCCCGAUUUAUGAGAGGCCACGCUGCCCUCGCGGCCCCGUACAUACGUGUACGGACAAGCCGCCGACUUUCACAAUACGUUACGAGCCCAUCGGGAUGGGCUUCAUUCGCUUUACCACCGCGACGUGAGGAAAAUGAUUCGACAUCUCUCCGACUUUCCUAUUCCUUCCUCGUCAUCGCCAAUCUGUACGAACGUCUCUUUGAGGCAUACAAAUACGGUCGUUAAGGGGGGUGGGGGUGUUGGGUGAAUUUCUUUUACUGUCACAAACUUGCAUCACUCGGCGUUUUACUUGGGGAUUGUUUUCAAUUAUGGGUGGGAUGAUACCAUACAGAGACCAUCCCGAGAUGACACAGUUCGGUAAACCGGAUGUGCUGGGGAGAGGGAUCGAAAUUCGAGUCUCCUUGUCAAAGAUUUUCCAACAUUGUUUCCGCUCUACGAUCGCUUCCUACGGGCCUCUCUACCUUUGUUCCUACCAUUUCCUUGGCUCGGACUCUUUUUUUUAUUUUCCUAGGCCGCGAUGCUCCUCAUAUGAACAGACCAUACUGCGAUCUGUUUCCUAAUCUGUGGACAAGACAUCAAAAGCGAGAUAGGAGAGGGGACGGAUGUUAGGCAGAAGAAGGGGAAGACAAAACCAAAGACGAAUUGGGCAGGGCAAAGGGGGCGGAGGAUGAUACCACGGUUGAGAUUGAAGGCCCUAGUGGAAGCUGUUUGGAAUCACGGGCAACGGAGAAGGCGAGAGAGAGAGAGAGAGAGAGAGAGAGACAGAAAGAGAGGCUGAGACAAACAGAGAAGCUCGAAAUGCUCGAAUAUGAAAAGCCAUUCCUGG